CAGUGCCGAGGGGCAGACCGAGUCCAUGAGGUUCGGCGAGUACGCGGACGAGGACGAGGGCAUGCAGGAGCUCCGCGUGUACAUGUCUGACAUUGGCACUAACGUGAAUAGUGCGGAGUUCUGCAAGAAGGAUGCCAAUGGUCAAAAGCGGGGCAAGCUGGCG